UCACGCUGGGGGAUGGAGAGUGACGAAAAUAACAAACAGGCUGUUUCUGGGUGUGGGGGCUGAUAGCUGAAGGACGAGCUUCGACUCUUACUACGUUUAUUUAACUUGUGUCCUGUUAUUUUCUGGCGUCAAGUUAUUAUUUCGUGCCCGUUGACGCUGGAAAAGAAAGUUGUCCUGUAAUUUCGAGCAACAGAGCUGUGAAGUCAGGGGACGGAGAGACAUGGCUCAGGAGACGAAUCAGACCCAGGUGCCCCUGCUGUGCUCCACUGGCUGUGGUUUCUAUGGAAACCCACGUACCAAUGGCAUGUGCUCCAUCUGCUACAAAGACUUCCUGCAGAGGCAAAACACCAACGGCAGGGUCACUGAGACAGUGUCGGUGCCUGCCGUGUCAUCCAGCCUGAGCAGUUUAGACGAAGCAUCAUCCUCCACAGUUACUCCUGCAGGAGUCACACAAGAGGAGGAAGCUUCAGGAGCUUCAGUCCAAGCAGAGCCGAAAACACAAGACAUAACAGCCUCAGGAUCAGAUGCAUCCUCACAGCCAGCCACCCCCGAACCGGAAAAAUCCAAACCCAAAAAGAACCGCUGCUUCACCUGCCGCAAGAAAGUGGGCCUGACAGGUUUUGACUGCCGCUGUGGAAACGUGUUCUGUGGUGUUCACCGAUACUCUGACGUCCAUAAUUGCACCUUCAACUAUAAAGCCGAUGCUGCUGAGAAAAUCAGGAAAGAAAACCCGGUCAUCGUCGGUGAAAAAAUUACAAAAAUCUGAGACAGGGCUCAUGGACAACCCCUAGUCCUUUUCCCCUCCCACCAUUUUCCCCCAUUUUCCCCUCCAUCCCACAUUGCACAGUGGACCUCUGAACAAUACCAGCACAGACCCUCGAAUCAUACACACCACACAGGAGUACUUUUUUUUUUUUCUUUUUCAAGCAAAUAUAUGUUUUUCUUUGGAAUUUAUGUCUAUUGUUUUGUGUGAAAAUGUUACAGAAAUCUAGAUUUAUACAAUUAUAUUUUAAUUUCAAUGACUAACAGGGCUAUGGUGAGACUACUUGAGGGGCGGGUCUUUUCUCAAGUCUAUAAACAAAGAUUGCAUGUUAAACAAGCAAGGAUAUUUUUCUUUAGAUAAAGAAUAUAAACAUGAGUGAUUUAGUUUCACAUUAACGGCUUAAAGCAUGCGAGAAACGUUUUAUCAGCUGGCUUUGCCCUCUAAAUUUUGUUAAAUGAUUAAGAGUUUAUAAUCACUAGUAUAGAAAGUGGCGUGAGUGUGUAAGCAUGUGUACAUGUAUACUGAGUUGCCUUUGCAGAUAUACAGUUAGAGACUGUAGCACAAUUUGGCAGUUCCUUGAUGGCAAAGGAGCACCUCAGGACCACAAAUGAUCAGAUACUAUUUUGGCUGGUGGAUCAUUCUCAGCACAAUACUGACACUGGCACGGUAGCACGAUCAAGUCAUACGGUGUGACUGUAUCAGAUCAGCUCCAUUGUUGGGGAUUUGAACGCUGUUUACACUGACCUUGUCAGUCCAUCUUACAGAGAGACUGAAGCUAAUCUUUUUGUGCGUUGCCAGUUUUAUCCCCUUCAUCAGUGUCGGUUUAUGACCACACUUCCACUGUUGGUUGGUUGUCUAUUCUCAAUCCAGCAGGAAUAUUGAACGAUGCUGCUGCACCUGAUACACUCACAUCACAACGCACAUAUAUGAACACACAGAUCUGAUCAGUAGUGGUCCUGUGGCGGUCCGUUUUCUCUGAUGGACGAGGUAGAGGAGGGCUGUAUGCACAAACUGCGGAGUAACAGGUACAGUCUGAGCUGUCUGGUAGAUAAAAUAGCAACUCAUUGUGUGUGAGUGUGAUUUUGGUAUUAUGCAGCUGGAGAUGUUAAUUAAUCUGUAUUUACUUUAUUAGUGACUGAUUGUUUUCCCUUAAAGACUAUAACUAAUUCAUUUAUUAUUCAAAAUUAUUGUAAUGUGACCACAGAUGAUGAUGAUGAUAAUGAUGGUGAUGCCUGUUAUUUUAUUUUCACUUUCUUCAGCUUUGAUCUGAAUAAAGCAAAACAUUCUUGGCU